CCGGAGAGGAAAAAUCCCACUAUCCUUGGCCUGGGAGAAAGCCGGGCCCCACAGGGAAGUGAGAACAAUGAGGGCCCCCCCACAGGACUGGCCUUUGCCACUUCUCCAGGAAAGCAGCCAUUCGGGCCAGCUCCGAGUGACGGCUGUCGGAGCUACAGCCAAGAACAAGACGGAAAAAGAAAUAACCGGGAACGAGCAUGUUCUCAAGGCCCCGCUGACCUUUGCUGCCAGCCCACAUUCAAUCAAACAUGGACUAAGUUUCCAUUAGCAAGAGCUAGGCCUUGAAAGCAGCAGGCCGAGAGGCGCUUGGCUGGUGCAGUAGGCAGAGUAUUGGGAAGAUCGGAGUUCAACCCAGCCUUCUGAAAUCCCCUUACCUGCUGCCUGCCUCAGUUUCCCCAUCUGUAAAAGGAGCUGAUAAGAAAGAAGUCAUAUGACUAGCAUACGUAAUUGGUGCCCCUACCAACAGUACAAGCUGGUCACCUUUGUAGCCUCCUGCAAAACCGAGAAAUUCCUUGUCCAUUCUCAGCAGCCUUGCCCUCCCGGGACUCCUGAUUGUCAGAAGGUCAAAGUCAUGUACCGAGUCUCCCUGAAGCCUGUUUACCAGGUGAAGCAGAGAGUGCACAGGUCUGUGGUCUGGAAGUGCUGUCCCGGGUACAGUGGUGCUGACUGCAAACAGUAUGACCCUUCAGGGAUCUCAGAAGUGGACGACCAGAAUAAAGAGAAGCAGGACCCUGGGGAAGAAGCCUUGAAAUACGAAACAGUCCCUCCUUCCAGUGAGCCCUUAGAGCUCUGGAGAACAACUGAACAACAACAGGAUCUAUUGGAAGACGUUCAGAAUGACAUCCACCAGGCAACCGGCCACCUUCUAGACCUGCAGAAGUCCCUGGAAAGUAACUAUACAGCUGAAGAGAUAGAGGCAAAUCUAACCGAGCUCGGGUUUGCAGAUCCAUUCCUUCAGCAGGCCCUCCCAUCCCAGCUGGAGACCUUCCUGAAAAGUCACUUCAGCCCGGUCUGGAGAAGCUUCAACGAAAGCCUCCUCAAGCUCUCUGAGACGGUGACCAACCUGUCGCGCGCCGUGGACACCAACCGCCGGGACAUCGAGAGCCUCCGGGAGAUCGCUGUGCCCAAGGCCGACCUCCAGGAGCUGGGCACCAAGUUUGAAUCCAAAGUCCAGGAAAACGCCGCCAGAGUCAACCAGCUGCGGCAGGACGUGGAGGACCGGCUGCACAACCAGCAACUCGCCCUGACCCACAACCUGUCUGCCGUCAGGGCGGACACUGAUCUGAAGGUGAAGAAGCUCCAGAAGACCCAGGAAGUUCACCUGCUCCUGAGCAACGCCAGCGCGGCAGAAUCGAAGGAGGAGCAGGAGGCCCAGGGGAAGCUCGGGCUGCUGCAGGGGAAGCUCGGGCUGCUGCAGAGCAACCUCUCGGAGCUGUGGGGGGCCUCCGGCAGCAGGGAGAAGGAGCUCCUGAGGGCCCUCCGGCAGUUCAACGAGACCCUGGCCAAGCACGAGGAAGACAUCAAGGACCUCUUCAUAGAUUCCGACGAGAACUUUGAGCUGGGCACCCGGCUGGAGGGGCAGGUGAUGAGCACCGAGAGGAGCAGCAAAGCCAUGAUGGAGGAGCUCAGGGUCAUCCUGAUGGAGAAGUCCCUCAUCAUGGAGGAGAUGAAGGAAGACUUUGAGAGGCAGAUCCUCGACCUGAACUACACCCUCCACCACCUGCAGGGGAGCCACUCGGACCUCAUGAAGUACGUGAAGGACUGCAAUUGCCAGAAACUCUCCUUCGACCUGAGCCUCCUGCGGGAGGACCAGAGGAACGCCACUCGCUUUCUGGAAGAGACCCACUUGACCCUGGAGGACCAGAAGAUGCUGGAGAGCUCUUCCAUCAAGGCACUGCGCAACGCCGCCGAGGACCUGGCCGUGUCCGUGGACGCCCAGAAAGAGGAGCUGGCCCGGGCCAAGGGGAGCAUGGCCCUGCUCAAGGGGCAGGUCCAGGCCCUGGCCGGGGAGGUGGACGGGCUGAGGCGAGUGGACAGACACGUCUUCCGGGAGAUCCGCUACCUCAACAACUCCUUCAGCUCCCUUCUGGAAGACGCCCUGAGGCACCAGCUCGUGCUGGUCACCCUGUUUGGGGAGGAGGCGCUGGAGGAGAUGGCCGAAGAGGGCGCCAGGCUGUCUUUGACCUACGUUCAGAUGGAAGAUGCCCUGCAUUAUACGUCGGGCAAGCUGAGAGAACACGCCAGGGACCUGAAGGCCCUCGGGGAGAGGGUGGAUGUACUGGAGAGUGCGGGCCGGGCUGGGCCACAGGACUCCGGGCAGCCCGAGGCAGAAGUCUGGAGCAGGGCGGAACACCCGGAACCCAACCAGGAAGCCUCCGAUGGGGCCGGCCUUCAAGAAACCGACCUGGCCAACCUGAAGAGCGAGAUCACGCUCCUGGGCACUCAGAUGGAGAAGCUGGAGUCCCAGAUGAGCCACAGCCAAGGGUGCUGCGGUCCUGCCGGGGAACGGCCCCUCGUCCCCUCCGUGGAGAGCCUCCAGAGGGACGUCAGGGCCGUGAAGCAGGACCUGGGCCAGCAUCUCCAGCUCUUCCAGGGCCUGUUUGGCAACUACGGAGAGCUGGUGGCCACGAACGUCAGUCUGGACCUGGAGAAGCUUCGGACCGUCCUCGACAAAAAGGGAAAGAAGCAACGGAGAGAGGAGGGGUCUCAUCGAAAGAGGGACAAGAAGCAAGUAGAGAAAUGGGGAGAGCGGCCAUUCCCCGAGAACGGGAGGAGCGACCAGGCCCCCAAGCUCCCUGGGGAAGGACCCUCCGUGGCCUUUUACGCCGGAUUUCCUGAAGGGACUCACGGCCUUCGGCAGCCAGUGAAGUUCAACGUCACUCAACUGAACCUCGGGGACUGCUACGUCCCGGAACACGGCUUCUUCCGCGUGCCGGAGCGCGGGAUCUACCUGAUUGCAGUGAGCGCCGAGUUCGGCCCGGGCCCGGGCGAGGGUCAGCUGGUGCUCGGGGGCCGACUCAGGACGUCGGUCUCUAGUGGCUCCGAGGAGCCCACGGCAGCCGGAACAACGACCGCGGCCACUUUCGCUGUGGCCGAGCUGCAGAAGGGAGAAAGGGUUUGGUUCGAGCUCACCAAAGGCUCCCUCGCCAGGAAGAAUCCCAGUGGGACCGCGCUGGGCGGCUUCCUGGUGUUCAAGACUUGAACCCAGAGCCCCGCUCUGAUUCCUCUCCCCAUAGAGGCUCUGAGUGCCGGGACCGUGAUCUCGUAGUCCUGCUGCGGUAGCCCUACAUGCUCCCUGGAAGCCUCUGGCCAAAGCCCGUCUCAGGCUCAAGUCUCAUGCUCUGGGUAUCCCCGGAUAUCCGGGAGCCCGGAGAGGCCGGCUAUGGUCCACAGAUUCGGCCUUGAGGAUUGGGCAAGUCCCAAACUGGGGUUUGGCUAAAACCUAAAACGAGAUUUAAAGCCCCUCUAUUGGGGGUAGGGCUGCCCUUGACUCCCUCCGGGAGGCUCUCCACCUUUUCUGAGACUGGCAGUUUUUCUAGAACUCUUCAAACCUCUUCCCCUUGGUUUCUUUCCCAUUGUCUUGAGCUGCACCCGUAGGGAGAGACCUUAGCUGUCCACUAUAAUUUAAUCGUAUUUAUUGAAUAGGGUGCUAAGUAUCCAGGACACAAAGAAAGGGAAAAACAAUGUGUCUGCCCUUGAGGAGAUCAUGUUUUUAUGCUGGGAAACAUCAAAGGAAACUUGACCAAUUCAAGAAAAUGGCAGCUUCUUUUUGUAUUGGCUAAGAAUUGGAAAUCAAUUCUCCAUCAAUUGGGGAAGGCUGGGCAAACUGGUGUUUGUAACGGAGUAUUCCUGUGCUAUGAGAAAUGACAAGGAAGAUGAUUUCAGAAAAACCUGGAAAGACUUCCUUGAACUGAUGCAGAGUGAAGUGAACAGAACCAGUUGAAUAUUGUACAUAGUAACAUAGUAUAUAGUACACAGUAACAUAGAUAUUGUUUGAUAAAGAAUUAUGAAGGACUUACCUAUUCUCAGCAAUACAAUGAUCCAACACAAUCCAAAGGACUUGUGAUGAAGUAUUUUAUCUGCCUCCACAGAAAGAACUGAGAUUGAUUGACUACGGACUGAAACAUGCUAUUUUUCUCUUUCUUAGUUUUUUUCUAUUCUAGUUUUCUUGUACAAAAUGACCACUAUGGAAAUGUUUAACAUAAUUGCACAUCUAUAACCUGUAUCUGAUUGCUUACUGUGUCAGGGAAGGGGGAAAGGGGGACUCCAAAUAUUAAAUAAACAUGUUUAACAAUUGGAAGAAAAAAAAGAAGAAAGAAAAAAGAAAAUGGCACCUCCUAAGAAUGGAUGUUUUUCAACAAGAAAACUCGAUUUGAGGCAUUAUUAGUAACUUCAUGACCAUAGGAGAUAAAGAGAAAACCAAAAGUGGUCAGGCAAACCCUAAGACCAGGGCGUUUGAGAGUACCAGAGGCCCACAGAGAAAGUCAAAUUCGUUUCUUUUGCUUUAGAGAUGAGGAAAAUGAUAAGAAAUUUCUGGCUCCUGGGCAUGAAGAGAACCAGGAUCUUUCCCUUGGCAUCUAAAACCUUCUGGGUUCACUCAUAAUUUCCCUUUUAUUGAUAAAUAUUUCCCAUCCUUCCUUUUCCCUUUGAUUUAAGAUGGAAGGACACUGGGGUAAAUUGUUUUUUUUUUUUUAAUUUUUUUAAAUGGAAAUGUUUUUCUUAAUGUCUCACAAAUUCAUAGAUUUUUAUUACUAUAACUAGGAUGUGGUGACCAAGGCUUUGAUCUUGGGCAGGGAAAUUUAAAGAGUUAUUGAAAUGGGAAAUUAUAAAGAAAUACUAAGUAGCACCUGGUUUCAUUACAUGGGAAGCCACCAGACCACUGCUUCCUUUCCCAGUUGGCUUCAGCCCAGCUAAGUUCCAUUCUAACUCAGGUCCUGCUCUACUUCUCUCCCCAUCCCCCUCAUCCCAUUGCAGAAAUCCCUCCAGCAUAGGCCUAUUCACUAUUACUUCUCUUCAAUGAUUCAAAGACAACUUGUUCUAAAUUGAAAAAAAAAAUCAUAGUUAUAUUCUCCUGUUAAAGAUUCGGGAGAAUUCUAAGAGCAUCUUGUUUGACAGAGGAAUAAAUUGAGGUUCAGAGCAGGGAAAGAGUUUGCCCAAUGUCAUAUAGUUCACUGGCUAAAGAAGAAUCUGCCCUCCAAUUCAUAUCUUUUGACUCCAAGGCCAGUGUUGAUUUUUCCUGUAUACUCUAUAUUCUAUAUGCUAUACUCUAUACUAUUAUCUAAUGGACCUCUACACUAGUGCACUCCACAUAACUUCUAAUGACCUUGGUAUUCAUCAGCACUUCUACUUAUAGGAAAAGAUGAAAAAGGAAAAAGAAUCAAAGCUCAAAAAUAAAGGUCUCUUUCAGUUAGGCCAUUUGAAAUAAAACUUUGUCCUUCAGUUCCUUGUCAUUUAUUUGUGUUAACAAAAAUGACUAACAAAAGGAAAAGGUUGAAACUAAAAUUAAAAUGGAAAUAUUUGGGCUGUGGGAGGUUGAUCAUUUUAGUUUGGUCUCCUUCAUUAAGGAAUUAAUUAUCCAUUAAAAAAACCUGUGCAAGAGAUACAAGGCUGAUAAAGCUUCAUGGGUAAAUAUAGAACUAAAAAAAAAAAAUCUGCUUUUUCAAGUGAGACUAAUUUUAAAGAAGAUCAGAUGCCUAUAGCAAUUAUAAAUCAACUAAGGGAAUAAACUAUCACAUUAAGAAAUUUUUACAAAAUCCCCAAACAUGGGCCUUAUACUCAGAAAAAAACCUAAUCAUUCAAUAAGUAAUUUGAAUGAUUAAAUAAUAAAACUUAAAACACUUUUCCCCCUCUAUCUAAAGUCACACUCCCUUUUGGUUAAUGAGAAGAGAGAUUUCUAGAGCCCUAGUCAGAAUUGAUUCAUAGUCAUUAAUGUUAAUAACUAUGUGUGUUUGUUUUUUGUGUAGUUUUACAAUUUCAUACUCUUAAAAGAAAAUAUCACUUGAUAAACCAAGAAUCACACUUAAAAGUCAUUUCUUUGCAAGGUAGUAAAGCAAUCAUAUGCGUGUUUGUUAGGUACACCCGACUAAAUCCAAAUAAAAUGUUUGUCCUUUGUUCUCAAAAAGGACCAACCUAGUAUUUCCUAACAGAAACUAUUAAGUGAUCCUCAAACAAACGUUUCUCAAGUGGAAAAAAUUUUAAGAAACUCUGCUAGAGAGAACGUCUUCUUUCUUCCUCAUUCUUCCUUGUCUUGCUUCAUCUUGGAUGCUUCUCAAUGAUUUCCCCAAUGGACCCAUAAUUGUGACAAACACAACUGAGUAAACUAGCCAACACAUUAUCACUCUGUGAAAAUGAAUGCCCCAUUCUACCUUAGGAGACCACCACCUCUAGUGGAUGUGUAGAUGGUCAUUUCAUCGAUCGGAAGUCUUAAAUCCCUCAUUGUUACUUUCCUUUACAUUAAUUUGUUACAUUAUUCAAUAUAAAUUAUUCUAAUCUUAGCGGGCAACAAUUACCUUUGGGAGUCAUAGGACCCUGGUUCAGAACAAGUGUGGGAAUGUCUUCCUGGGGCCUCAAUUUCUCCAUCUGGAGGUGAGGAAGGAGUGUGCUCCAGACAUGAGGGAUGGCCAGAGCCAAGAUGUGGAAAUGGAGGGCGCACAGUUUGUGAGGAUCUGAGAGAAGGCUAGUUUACCUGGACCUCUGAGUGCAGGAUGGGAGAGAAUGGACAGUGAGAUGGGGAAGAUAGACAGGUUGUGGAAGGCUGGAACAGGUAUUUAUGUCCUCAUGGAGUGUACGCCCUUUGAGGAUAGUGAUUAACUUUUUUUUUUUUUUUUUUUUUUUGUAAUCCAGUGUCUCACACCUGGCACAUUAUGAAUUUCUACAAUUCAUUGAAAUGUUUGUCGACUGAUAACUAUUUUUAGACAAUUCACAUGCUGAGUUCCUGAACAUUUGAUUACUGCACACGACCUUUAUAUAGUCUAUGUGUCAUUUAUUAUGGCUGACAUUUUUAUUUCAUAUGUGCAACAUCCUCAUUUAUGCUCCGUGGGCAGUGCACCAGAGCUUUGCAUGUUAUGGGUAGCUACGUGAAAUCUGAACGUAAAAGCUGUAGAUUAAAGCAUAGAUGAAUUGUUUUAACAUCUAA